AAUUUUGUUCACCUCUUAUUUCUGGUGGGCAAUUUACUGUAGUUGGAUACCAAAACAUUUAAGAAACAACUUCUUUUUGUUGGUUGUUUUCAUCUCUCUUUUUUUGUGGUUUUGUGAGUUUCAAUAAUUAAAGCUUGUCUUGUGUGGUACAUCUACCUAUCUCCCUCAUUUGAAAACUCAGCCAAAAUUUUCACAAUCUAAGCAUUUUUCUUUUUACCCUUUUCACUAUAUAUAUAAACUAGUUUCUUGGAUUAUCUUAGCUUAGUUAAAAAAGCAAUCUUUUUUCUUUGAAUGCAAUGCUUGUUUUCUUGAUUUCUUGUUUUUCCUUCAUAUUACUAGUUUCUAAGUCAUUUUUCAAGCCAAUGGGAAAUUUCUCAAAUGUAUGGUUUAGUGAAGAACUUGUAAAGUUCUUAGCUUUAUGGUUUAGUAAAGGUAGAAAUGCUAUUAGUUUCUUGAAUUUGCCGCUUAUGACAGAUCAUGUUAAGUCAAAACUAGAGAAUGUUGUGGAGAAAGAAGAGGGAGUUUCUUUACUGGAUUUGCCUGAUUUGACAUUGGAAUGUAUUUUUGAGAGGCUUCCACCAAAUGGUCUUUGUAAUAUGACUGCUGUUUGUAGUUCUUUGAGAGAAAAAUGCACAAGUGAUCAUUUGUGGGAGAAACAUAUGAAGGAAAAAUGGGGUGAAUUGAUUGGUUCUGCUGCUUAUAAAGAAUGGCAAUGCUAUGUUGUGUCAAGAAAUAAAGCUUCCAUCUUGGAGAAAUCAAGAAAAAAAAGAGAUCUUUAUGGGAAAUUUUCGAAGAUUAGGAAACUUUUAUGGAACAGAUCAAAAGGAAAUGAAGAUGACAGCAAGAUUGGAAAUUCUUCAGAAAUGAGCUCAAUUAUGGAUUGGUACCUUUCUCUUGAGACUGGAAAGUUUUGGUUCCCGGCUCAGGUUUUUAACCGCGAGGUACAGAAUGGACAUGUUGGUUUUAUGUUAUCUUGCUAUGAUGCUGAAGUUAGCUAUGAUUGUAGAACAAAUACUUUUAGUGCAAGGUAUCCAUCGUACGGGAGGCGAAUAAUAGAGGAUGAUAUAGAAUGGAAUAGAUUAAGAGCACCAACUGUUGAUACUCUUCCUUAUGUUCUUCAUGUAUCAGAUUGCUUAGAUGAUCUAAAACCUGAUGAUCACAUUGAGAUUCAGUGGAGAAAAAGCAAAGAGUUUGCUUAUGGUUGGUGGUAUGGAGUUGUUGGACACUUGGAAUCUUGUAGUGGCAGCAAGUUGAAUUGCCAUUGUCAUGCCAGUGAGACAGUGCUGUUGGAGUUCAAACAGUACACCCCGGGAUCGAGGUGGAGGCAGACAGUGAUAAACAGAAAGGAUCACAGAGAAGUUGGCAAUGAAGGAGAUGGUUUUUAUGGAGGAAUCAGAAAGCUUUAUAGUGACAAAGAGAUUUCAUUGUGGAAUAGACUCUUGCCUAACAACACUUUGGAAUAGCACAAAAACAAAAAGCAUUUAAGCUGUUCUCAUUGUAAAUAGAAAGCAACUUAUGGAUAGAGCACAAUUAGGCUUUAGAAUUUUUGCUCUGGUGUGUUUAAAUGCAUGUACAUAUAAGACUGAAAGAGGUUAAUAGAGCCUUGGAAAUGGAGAAACUCUUGGUAGAAAUUGCGUCCCCUUUGGUAAACCUUGCAAUGUAUUAAAGUCGGAUUAAUCAGGCUAGUGAGCUUUGGAUACCGAAUGCAUAAACCACAAAAAAAGGGUGUUGUAAGAAUAUGUUUUCUAUGCAUGAUAAAAAGUUUAGUUGUUAUGAAGAGAUGAAAAUAGAAGCUUCUUUCUUA